GCGAUCAGGAAGGGUGUGCCUUGCAAAUCGCAAUUUCAGAAACAUUGGGAUGGCGCCGUUAAACUAGGUCCCUAAUAACGCGCAGCGAAUCUCGACAGUAUCCACGCACCUUUUCUCUCCGGCGAUUGAAGACUCCAGAAUCUUCCCAUCAAUCUAUCUCCAUAUACUUCCGAGUUUGUCAACGACGAUGAUGUCGCUCACUGAGCUUGACGACGACACUGUUCGCAGCAUGUCAAUCGGAGCCCUUUUUUCUGAUUUCGUCGGAAAAAUAAAUUCUCUCGAUUUUCAUCGCACCGACGAUCUCUUGGUCACAGCCAGUGAGGAUGAUUCGGUCAGAUUGUAUGAUAUCGCAAAUGCCAAGUUGCUGAAAACGACCUAUCAUAAGAAACAUGGUGCUGAUCGUAUAUGUUUCACCCACCACCCAAGCUCUGUUAUAUGUUCCUCAAGACACAAUUUAGAUUCUACAGGAGAAUCCCUACGAUAUCUAUCUAUGUACGAUAAUCGGUGCCUUCGCUACUUCAAAGGGCAUAAAGAGAGGGUUGUUUCCCUCUGCAUGUCUCCUAUUAAUGACAGCUUCAUGUCUGGUUCUCUUGAUCACAGUGUCAGGAUUUGGGAUCUUCGUGUAAAUUCUUGCCAGGGGAUUUUACGUCUACGUGGUCGACCUACUGUCGCAUAUGACCAACAGGGCCUUGUCUUUGCGGUGGCAAUGGAAGGGGGUGCUAUUAAAUUGUUUGAUUCACGUUCUUAUGACAAGGGACCCUUCGAUACCUUUUUUGUCGGAGGAGAUACAGCUGAGGUCUGUGAUAUUAAAUUCAGCAAUGAUGGCAAAUCCAUGCUUUUGACAACCACAAACAACAACAUAUAUGUUCUUGAUGCAUAUGGAGGAGAGAAGCGCUGUGGGUUCAGUUUGGAACCAUCUCCAAAUACAACCAUAGAGGCAACUUUUACCCCGGAUGGCCAAUAUGUGGUUUCAGGCUCAGGUGAUGGAACCUUGCAUGCCUGGAGCAUCAGCAUGCGACAUGAGGUGGCAUGCUGGAACAGCAACAUAGGAGUUACAUCUUGCCUGAAGUGGGCUCCUCGCCGAGCCAUGUUCGUGGCUGCAUCCACUGUACUCACCUUUUGGAUACCCAACGCCUCAAAAUCAACUGCAGACCCCAGUAGCACAGAUCCUGAAGCUGGACCUCAAUCUGAACAUAUUUCUCAAUGAAAAUCCCUCAUAUAUUUCAUCUUAUUAGUUUAAAUUAACUGCAGCUGUCUUGUGAUAACAAAAUCUUAACUUAAUGUGUAAUUUAAUUAUCUUAAAUAUUUCUAAUCUUGAGGAUUUAUGAGCCUUAAUAUUUU